ACAAGCUAACGAAUUGUGUCUGUUUUAGCGCACGUGGUUAACUGUCGCGCAACGUGUAUCUGACAAAAUGGGGAAGAAAACAAAGACUGGGAAGCAGCGCAAGGACAAGUUUUACCACUUGGCCAAAGAGACAGGUUUCCGAUCCAGAGCGGCGUUCAAGCUUAUACAGCUGAACCGUAAAUUCGAGUUUCUGCAGAGGUCUCGCGUGCUGAUCGAUCUCUGCGCGGCACCCGGAGGAUGGCUACAGGUUGCCCAGAAGUACAUGCCCGUGUCCAGCGUCAUCAUCGGCGUAGACCUGGUGCCAAUAAGGCCCAUCCCGAACGUGAUCGCCAUCCAGGAUGACAUCACGACGGGAAGCUGCCGCACCAAGCUCAAGAAAGAACUGAAGACUUGGAAAGCCGACAUCGUCCUCAACGACGGUGCGCCUAACGUCGGAAAAAGCUGGGUCCACGACGCGUACGGCCAGAAUGUCCUCACGCUCCACGCCAUCAAACUGGCCACCGAGUUCCUCAACAGGGGAGGCUGGUUCAUCACCAAGGUGUUCCGUUCAAAGGACUACCAAGCUCUGAUGUGGGUGCUGAAGAAGCUCUUCAAGAAGAUUUCCGCGACCAAGCCUCAGGCGUCCCGUCACGAGUCUGCGGAGAUAUUCGUCGUGUGCCAGUCGUACAUUGCCCCCGACAAGAUCGACCCGAGGUUUCUAGACCCCGCACACCUUUUCAGCGACGUCGACAUUGGCGAGGUUGCCAAGCUGAAUCCUGCCCACCCGGAAAAGCAGAAGCCGAAAGCCGAGGGAUACCCCGAAAAUGAUUACACAUUGUACCAUAGGGUACCUGUGUUGGACUUCCUGAAGUGUGAAAACCACCUAGAGGUACUGGGACAGUGCAGUGAAGUCGUGAUUGAUGAUGAAGAGGUGCUGGCACAUCCUCUCACAACGCAGGAAAUCAAAGAGUGUUGCAAGGACAUCAAAGUUUUGGGCCGUGGAGACAUAAAGAGCUUGUUGACGUGGAGAAAGAAGUUGAAAGUGUGGCUGGAGGAAAAGAACAAAAAGGAGGAGAAAGACAAUAAAGAAGAGGGCAUAGAAGAAGUUGAAGAAGAGAGUGAUGAUGAGGAGCUUCAACUUCUCAAGCAUGCGGAGGAAGUAACAGCCGAACAAGCCAGGGAGCUGAAGAAGAAAAAAAAGAAAGUACUGAAACAGAGGAAAAAGUUGAGAGAUCGGAUGAACCUGCAAAUGGUCCUGAAGAAUGAUCAGGCCAUAGUGGAAGAAGAUUUGGACCUGUUCAAGCUGAAGGCCAUAAAGAAUGAGAAGCAGUUGUCUAAUGUAGAUGAGGUCGAUGUCGGCACGCUCGAUCCCGCGCAACCGCUUGAAGACGACACCGAGGACUUGGAUCAUCGGAAGAAGCGUGUUGCUUACAAGAAGAAUGCCCGAAACGAAGAUUGGUAUGCAGAGGAAGGGGACGCAAAUGACGAAGACGAUGAUUCUGAUGAUGAUGAGCAUCAGGAACUGGAGUUUGAAAGCGAUGCCGAAGAAGAUGCAAAAGAUGAUGAAGAUGAAGAAGAUAAUGUACCUCAGGAUGAUGAGAAUCCUUUGCUCGUUGAUGUGGCUUAUGGCAGCCUUAAAAACAAGCGCAAGGAAAUGGGAAAAUUGUGGUUUGAAAAAGAAGCAUUUGCCGACAUGGAUGAUGAGGAAGAACUGCUAGAGUUGGAGAUGAUGUCUGAAGGAAAGGAGAAAAGCACAGAGAAACGCUCGAAAUCAUCAGAGGGCAAGCAGAAGGCUAGUGAAUCAAAAAAAGGGCAGAAAAAAGUGACGUUUGCUGAUGCUGUACAGGUAGAUGCAACAGAUAAAAGCACGACCACUUCAACCGGGGGCUCACUGAAGACUAAAAGCACAACAAAAACUAGUGGGGAGCCACCAAAAAAGAAACAAAAGCGAGUGAAGCUGGAUCCAGAGGGCUUGGCCAUUGGCACAAUGAUGAUCAAGUCUCGGAAAGCAAAGCGGGACAUCAUAGAUGCCGGGUUCAACAGAUAUACCUUCAACGACGACAACCUGCCCAAGUGGUUUGUUGAAGAAGAAAAGAAGCAUAGUAAAAAGAUGAUGCCAGAGACUGCCGAAAUGGUUGCCGAGUACAAGGCGCAACUAAAGGCUGUCAAUGCACGACCCAUCAAGAAAGUUGCAGAGGCUAAAGCUCGUAAAAAAUUGCGGGCAGCGCGAAAGCUCGAGAAGGCUCGCAAGAGGGCUGAAACCAUCACGGAAAAGCUAGACAUGACAGAUGCAGAAAAGGCGCAACAGAUACGAGCCAUUUACAAGAAAGUCCUUCGCAAGAAGGACGACAAGGUGACGUAUUUGGUGGCCAAGAAAGCAACCGGGCGCAAAGUGCGGCGACCACCUGGGGUGAAGGGGAAGUUUAAAGUUGUUGAUCCACGCAUGAAGAAAGACUUGAGAAAGAAAAAGGCAGAAAUGAAGAAGAAGCGAUAGCUGCACUACUGUACUGUAGGAAGAUGUUGACUGAUUCUCAAUGCGAGAAGUGGGAAUGCUUAAGUGUACAUACCCAUACAUUUGUCCAGAGUGUCGUCGCCAUGAUGUCGAAGCAGAACCUCGCCAGUUAAACUGAUGUGGUAUGCUUUUGACAUCUUUACUGUGACUAUUUUUGUUACGGUAUAACGAGUGUGCUCACAAAUGUGUAAAAAUAAACUUGUUUAUGUCUAAUCAUGGCAUUAAAUGUUG